AUGGGCAUACUUCACGACUUUGCCUCUACUGUAUUCGACUAUAUCGUGGUGGGAGGUGGUACUGCAGGCAUUGUUGUAGCUACGCGACUAUCUGAGGACAGCAAUGUGAUUGUAGGACUGAUCGAAGCUGGGCCACCGGUGUUUGGAGAGCCCACAGUGGAUGUACCUGGUAAGAUGGGCCAGACAAUUGGCACUCAAUACGACUGGGCUUUUGAAACGGUGCCUCAAGUUGGUCUCUCGGGGCAGACAUUGCCCUGGCCACGAGGCAAGAUGUUAGGCGGCACCGGCGCCAUGAAUUUCUUAGUCUGGAACCGGGGCUGUCGCGAGGAUUAUGAUGCAUGGGCUGAGCUUGGCAAUCAAGGUUGGGGCUGGGAGGAUUUGAAGUAUUACUUCAAGAAGACGGAGAGCUUUACGCAACCCUCCGCAGCUCAACAGCGUGAAUUCAUUACGCCCCAUCGGAUCAGCGAUCACGGCGUGGGUGGCCCAGUGCAGACAACUUACCCGUCCUUCGUUUCAGAAACGCAUAAGUAUUGGCAUAGCACGUUGCAGAAUCUGAACGUGGAAACGAAUCCUUCGCAUCUCGGAGGCUCCAAUGUCGGGGCCUGGACAUCCGUGGUCAAUGUCGAUCCUAAAACUCGCACUCGAAGCUAUUCAGCAACUGCUUAUUUGCGUCCAGUCACUGGCCGUACAAACCUGAAGGUCCUCACUAAUGCUAACGUGGACGAGAUUUUAUUUGAGGCCGACAAGAGAAUCGAUGGAGAUCUGGUAGCCACUGGCAUCAAGUUUACCAUCGAUGGCCGCACCCUAAAGGCGCACUGCACGCGGGAAGUCAUCCUCAGUGCUGGAUCUGUCGGUUCUCCGCAAAUCCUGGAGCUAUCUGGGAUAGGCAACCCGGACAUUCUGAAGAAAGCUGGUAUUCAGACGAAAGUGGAGAAUACCCAUGUUGGGGAGAAUCUCCAGGAACAUAUAAUGUCCAUGACGGUCUUUGAGCUCCGGUCCGAUAUUGUAACUCCAGAUGACUAUGCCGAUGCUGAGUUUAAACGCAAAGCCGACCAUUUGUAUGAAACCACCAAGGGAGGACUCCUCACCGCUACCCCGGCAUCAAUGGUCUAUCUUCCCGCUUCCAAGCUCUUCCCCGACUUGAGUAGUUUAGCUGAGAAGGCCCGAGAAUUUACGACACGGCAUCCCAAACCAUCACGGGACUAUAUCUUGAACUCUAUCCGGCAGCGACAGUUUUCUUCGGAAUCGUCUCUUGGUCAAGUAGAAUUCAUUCUUGACCAUGGCAACUAUAGCCCUGUUUUCAAGAGCGAGUCAGGAAAGAAGUAUGCGACCAUGAUGCAGGUUCUUCAGUAUCCCUACAGCAGAGGCUCCAUCCACAUCGAUCCGUCGGCUGCGACAAGCGGCAAAGUCAUAAUCGAUCCCAAGUAUUACCAAGGAGAGGGAGCAAUCGAUUACGAAGUCAUGGUGCAGGCACAAGCCUUCGGAGAUCUGAUCUGCCGUACGGCUCCCUUGAGCGACAUUGUUGUUAAACGGGUCUAUCCUCCAGAGAAUCCAUCGCUCGACUGGCGACAAUGGGUUAGCCAUAACACCAUUACUGACUGGCACCCAAUUGGCACUUGUUCAAUGCUACCUCGGAAGAGCGGUGGUGUCGUGGACUCUCAGCUUAAGGUCUACGGAACGACUAACGUGAGGGUGGCAGACGCGAGUGUAUUUCCUCUUCACAUCAGUGCUCACAUCCAGGCGACUAUCUACGCAGUGGCAGAGAAAGCGGCAGACUUGAUCAAGCAGAAAUGGGACUCACCGUUACGGGCGAAUCUCUGA